UCUGCACGGAUCAUGCGAACAUCGGAAUAUUUGGAAGAAAAUACAGUUUGACAGCUCCCUCACACAACAGAAACAUGUGGAGGACUCUAACACUGACACUGGUUGCUGCAGUGGCGUUGGGCACAGAGUAUCACCCAGGAAGAGACUCAACAUGACAGCAAAAGUACAUCAAGUGAAUACAAAGGGAUGCAAAACAGCUGCGCUGACACACAAAGAGGCUCACAACUACUAUGAGAAGGGCAAAACAACCACACAAAUUCCCAAAGCAUCUUCAGAGAGACACAACGCAACUAAACAGAGACACAAGAUGGUCAAAAAAAGACACAAAAUGACUGCCAUGAGCCAUGAAACGAAAAACAACAAGAGGGUGUCCCAGUCUGAAGAUGUGGUGACCAUCGAGAAUGGUUUGGAGGAGCAGGAUAACUUCAGCGACAUUUCCACCGUACUAGGAAAGUCCCGACGUCAGAUCCUGGCUGCUCAGUUUGAGUGCUACCUGAAGAUAAUCGAUGACCCGCAACGCACAGAAGAAGGUAGUUACUGUAACCGGACAUGGGACGGCUGGCUGUGUUGGGGGGACUCAACUCCAGGGACCGUCAUGCAGAUGUGUCCGGAGUACUUCCUUGAUUUUGACCCUGCUGAGAAGGUGACCAAGGUGUGUAAUCCUGGGGGCCAGUGGUUCCACCACCCAGAGAGUAACAGAAUGUGGACCAACUACACCCAGUGUCAGGCCCACAACAAAGACAAACUCAAGUUUGCCAUCAGUCUCUACUACCUGGCCAUGGUGGGUCACGGCCUGUCCAUCGUCUCCCUGAUCAUCUGCCUCAUCAUCUUCUCCUACUUCAAGAGUUUGAGCUGCCAGAGAAUCUCCCUCCACAAGAGCAUGUUCCUCUCCUUCAUCCUGAACUCCAUCGUUACCAUCAUGUGGCUCUCGCUCACUGUGGCCAAUAACCAAGCCAUAACCGCCAGCAAUCCUGUGAGCUGUAAGGUCCUAGCUGUACUUGUACUGUAUACGUCCACCUCCAACUACUUGUGGAUGCUGUGUGAGGGCAUCUACCUGCACACACUCAUCAUAGUGGCCGUAUUCGUCGGUGAACAGCAGCUCUUCUGGUACUACGUCCUAGGAUGGGGUUUCCCUAUCAUUCCUGCCAUCACGUAUGCUGUGGCUCGCGGUCUUUUCUUUAACGACAAGUGUUGGAUCAGCUCACACACAAACCUGCUCUACAUCAUCCAUGGGCCCAUUCAGGCUGCACUACUCGUGAACUUUUUCUUUCUCUUGAACAUCGUACGUGUUUUAAUCACCAAGUUGAAGGAGACCCACUGCGCUGAGUCCACAGCCUACAUGAAGGCAGUGAGAGCCACGCUCAUCCUCAUCCCCUUGCUUGGAGUCCAGUACAUCCUGUUACCAUGGAGACCCGAGGGACACAUCAGCCAGGCCAUCUAUGACUUCUUUGUCAAUAUCUUCUGCCAUUUCCAGGGACUCCUGGUGGCAAUCAUAUUCUGUUUCUGCAAUACUGAGGCCCAGACAGCUCUGCGGAGGAAGCGGGAUCAGUGGAAGUCUGCCUGGGGUAAAACCGGCUGGGGCACAACACCCACCGUCCACAGCCACUUCAACAACCACCACAACUCCUCCAUCACCGAAAGCAGCCGCGCCACCAUCAACUUGGAGGACACUAACGCUGCGAAUUCAAAACGAAAGGAAAGCAGCCAAUUCCUGUGCCUAGAGAAAGCCAACGGUCAGCAGAAGACAAGCAGCAAUGGGGAGGCGGACAUGCUCAACAAGUUGGAGACCACCGACAUCUGACCAGGGAAAGGUUGUGGUGGUGCCAAACACAAACACACAGUAAAAAAAAUAAUGACUGAAAAAAACAGUGAGGACAGGAGCAGGUGUAUUUUCAAAAUAAAGGUUAACUGAUGGGCCGUAAAUGUACAAAUGAUCAGUAAAGCACUUAAAAAAAGCAUGUGAUGUUCACAAACAAAUUUGUUAUAUCUCCAGUUUAUGGAUACUAAUGAGCUGAUUAGGAAAAAGGUAUAUUUAUGUCAUGUAUCUUAGCAUAGUAUAUUUUUUUGCAUACAUGUGUUUUGUUCUGUGGCUGGGAUAAAGUCCACUUAUGUAUAUCAAUUAUUGUUGAAUGUAUUUCCUUUUAAAUUUCAAAUCCAAAACUGCCAUUUCGAAAUGACAAAUGCAUUAAUGUUUGUGUUGCCUUACAGUAUGGAGCCUCUGAAUGCUUUACCCGUGAACCAUUGAGACCAAUGAAUGUCAUAGCCAACCCAUAUGAUCUAUAUGUUCUUUUACACGCUUUUACCUAGAAAGGUAUAAUAAUAAUAUAAUCAUUACUGGCCUGCCUAAAAAAGCCAGCAUUCCCAGUUAUAACACAACACAUGUUACAAUAGUAACAGAAAUAUAAUUUACUCCACUACUCCUUUAGGUAGAGGUUGCUGACUUAAACACAGUAGGCAAAAGACCAGAUUCAGACUUUUUGACAUCUGUUAACCAUAUAAUAAUAAUAUUUGCUUUUACACGGUGAGGGCUCACAGAAAAACAUUGAACAUGAAAACUAAAAUAAGAGAGUUAAGCUUGUCGAUGAAAUAGCCACAGCUAGCCUUAGCUAGCCUCAAACUAUAUCUACCAUAUUUUACUGAUAUUUCCAAGCUGUUAUCUGAAACGGAAACAUGUCAAUCUUGACAAACCCAGUUAGUCCAUAUAACUUAAUGAUACAGUAAUAAAUUCCAAUAAUGAUGAAGAGAGCAUGAUGCUAAUAUUGACUCAGCCAAAGUCCUGCUAACAUCAGGCCUACCCAGUUUAGCAGAAUAGCGAUAGCUAUCAUCUCAGUUUAGGACUCUGAUGGAAUUCAUGUUAUUUGUUGAAGUUGAGUUUCCUUAAAAUAAGGUUUUUAUUUUGAAAUGUAUUCAAUUGUAAAGACAAUAAUGAUUUUGGUUUUAACAUCAUUGAUUGGAGGAACCCAAACCGUCAGACCAGUCCCUUUCUUCUACAAAGUUGCGUUCCCAUAGACUUAAAACGCAAUAUUAUUAUGAGGUAAACAUAGUGUCUCCUGGGUUAUGCUUGCUGUUUUAAAACACGUUAACCAGCCAAAGAUGCAACUAGACCACUUGGUUUGGUUUAGUAAAACAUCAUGGUUCAGCCUUAAAUAAGUAAUAAAGUACAUUUCCAUGUGCCAAUUUAAAACUACUUUUAUGGCUGAUAAACAGACUCCAUCUGAACACGGAACAUAGCUACUAAGAUCAAAGCGCUUCUGACUUACGUGGUUUGUAUACAGAACUUUAUGAAAUGGCUCAAUACUAUAACAUCCUGGCUACAUGAUAGCUAAACGUGUAUGAAGCACUUCUCUUUAUACAUCCGGGGUGUUAUGUAGUUGUUUAGCUCAUUUUGCGCCAUGUUUGAUCCCAACUGAUUUACUUCCUGGAACUAAAGGAUAUGCUGAACAUUUUUGGUUAAAAUUCUCCUAAUUCAAACUAAGAGAAGAGCUUUGGGUGCAGGAUAAUUACCAGUAUAGAGAUAAUAGAGCUCUUAAGUGCUGCAAUAAUUGCUCCAAUUUUACUCCUUCACUAACUCCAUUAACAACACAGGGUGUUGGGUGAUUUUGGCCAAAAAGUAGAACACAUACAAAAGAUUUAGAAAAACACUGUGAUGUGUGAAAUAUUGUUUGCAAGCGGUGUGUGCACAUGUGCUUUUCACUUACAGUCCCUCCUACUGUGUGACAAUUAGUUGGGGGGAAAAGUAACUUAUUUAAUUUCCAACAGUCUUCACUUUUAUGAAAUGUUUUUUUUCACAAUGGUUAAUCGAAAUGUGAGAUAGAGCUUUAAUAUUCUGACGUUUUAAGAUAAAAACAAAGAUAAGCCAGAGCUACACAUGUAAAAUACCUUUACAAAAUAGCCAAAAAAUAACUUUUGCAGACAGAAGACUGUGCCUAAUGUGUAACUAAAUGAAUUGUUCAGAACAUUUAGUUUUCCUAAUGCCUAGUCAUGUUUCUAUUACUAUUGUGGCUGUUAAAUUAGUUUGUUUCACUAUUUGAAAUUAUUGUUACAAUAUUGUUUUUUCAAAUACAAUUCCCUGCCACUUAAAAAAUAGAUAUAAUUUAAUAGUUUUUUCAUCACACAUGUACCGUGCUGUAUGUACACUAGCAGGCUACAGUACCAGAGCCUUUUCAGUCUCCACUGGAUUACUGAGCAAGUCUUAUUUUUAGCAGUAUGCUUGUAGCAAAUGCAUCCACAUGUCACAACAUACUUUGGGGAAGCAAUUAUUCCAGUGUGGACACGAAGAGCUACACUCAUGCAUGGGAAAACAAUUGUGGUAAGAAAACAGCUGAGUAUGAGAAAACUAAAAAGAAGAAAGAAAGGAAUACACUGUACACUUUAGCCGAUAUUGCCCUGUAGGCAAACAGCUGUCAUGGACAUUUGUAAAGAAAUUUGAAAGAACAUUCCAAUAAAACGUGAAAAGUAAUCUUCAAUUCAAGCAUAUUAUUGUAUAUAUAUAUGUUUUUAACUCUGCCAUUUAUGUAUGUGUGGAAAUAAAAUAGUUUGAACAUAAA